GGUGCAGGAGGAGGGUGGACGGAGGAUAAAAGGCGAGUGACAGCCUUCAUUCACUGCAGAUCAGUCAGGAGGAUGAGUAGGACGAUGUGGUGGCUGGUGGCCUCUGUGGCCUCGACCCUCCUCACUUGCCUGGCUAAUGGAGCUCCAUUGAAGGUGAUGUCAGCCCCCAACUUGUUGCGUGUAGGUACAGCAGAACAAAUCUUUGUGGAGUGUCAAGACUGCACUGGAGGAGACAUCAACGUCAUCAUCAGCGUGUUGAGCCAUCCAACCAAAGACGAAGAGCUGGCUAACACAGCUGUGACACUUAAUGCUGGUAAUCAUUUCCAGCAGCUUGGACGAAUAACGAUCCCUGCUAGAUACUUCAGUAGGGAGGCCAGCACGAAGCACUAUGUGUACCUAAAAGCUCAGUUUCCUGACCGAGUGCUGGAGAAAGUGGUCAUGCUGUCCUUCCAGUCUGGGUACAUCUUCAUACAGACUGAUAAGACCCUCUACACCCCAAAAGACAAAAUUUAUUACAGGAUGUUUGCUGUGACGCCUCGUAUGGAGCCAGUGGAGACAGAUGCUCAAAACCAACCUGAAGUUUCUAUUUCCAUCGAAAUUGUGACCCCUGAAAACAUCGUUCUACCACUUGAUCCAGUCGUUUUAAAAUCCGGAAUCCACUCUGGAGAUUACCAACUUCCUGAAAUUGCUAGUUCUGGACUAUGGAAGGUGGUGACAAGGUUCCACAGCAACCCACAGCUGAGCUAUUCUGCAGAGUUUGAGGUCAAAGAAUACGUGCUGCCCAGCUUUGAGGUUAAACUGAAACCUACGAGUUCCUUCUUCUACGUAGACAGUGGAGAGUUCACCGUCAACAUCGAGGCUAAGUAUCUGUUUGAUGAAUGGGUGGAUGGGACCGCCUUCGUGGUAUUUGGGGUCAUUCAAGAGGAUCAAAAGCAAAGCUUCCCAAGUUCUCUUCAGAGAGUGCCGAUCACGAAAGGUCAUGGAGAGGUCACACUGAAGAGAGAGCAUAUCACAAACACUUUCCCAGAGAUCCUUGACCUGGUGGGGACAUCCAUGUUUGUGGCCGUCAGUGUGCUGACAGAAAGCGGUGGUGAAAUGGUGGAGGCAGAGUUGAGAAGCAUCCAGAUUGUCCAAUCACCUUACACCAUUCUCUUCAAGAAAACUCCCAAAUAUUUCAAACCUGGAAUGUCCUUUGAUGUUAUGGUGAAGUACUUAUUUACAUUUACAUGGUUGACCGCAUAUGUGUGGAUUAUGACUUGGCACCUCCAGGCACCUUACAAACAAUGGAAGGGAGCGAUUUAUUAGAAGAAAGAAGAAGUCGUGUUUCAUCUUCCUUUAAUGAAGGAAUUGAGCAAAUUAUGGAUUAAACUGAGUUUAAGAAGAAGUAUGAACAUCCUUUUUUAAAAUUAGAUAUUAAAUUAAUUAUUUAAGUUGUGGAUAGAAAGACAAUUGAAAAUAAGUCUUUACUUACUAAGUUUACUUUUUCCUACAGUUUUUAAGACGUAUGCAUUUAUUCAUAAUGAAAUACGUUCAGUUAUUUUAAUAGUUAUUUUUCUUUUAUUAUUUGUUACAUGUUUGGAAUUCAUCUAUCUCAUCAAAUGCCUAUGUUCGAUUCAAAAAACAUUAGGAAUCAGGAAACAUUUAUUGCCAAAAUAUGUCAAACAAACAAGGAAUUUGUCUUGGCGGUUGGUGCGUGACAGUAGACUGUGUAACAAUAGACACCAAGACAGCAGUGAACAAGUAAUAGAAUAAAAUCCAAUGCUAAUGCAAUGGGUUAGUAGAAUAAGGCUAUGGGUUAGUAUAAAACAAGAGAAUGAAGUUAAAGUUAAAUAUUUAAAAUAUUAAACAUAAAGUGCA